UGCAUCCCCAUCCUGCUGGAGAAGCUGCGCAAGGCCCAGGACUUCUAUGUGGAGAUGAAGUGGGAGUUCACGAGCUGGGUGCCCCUGGUGUCCAAGAUCUGCCCCAGCGACACCUACAAGGUGUGGAAGAGCAGCAAGACCCCGCUGCAGUCCUUCCUGGGCAUCGCCGAGCAGCACGUGGGGCCCAACAACGGGACGCUGAUCACGCAGACGCUGAGCCACACCAACCCCACGGCCAUCACGCCCGAGGAGUACUUCAACCCCAACUUCGAGCUGGGCAACAGGGACAUGGGGCGGCCCAUGGAGCUCACCACCAAGACGCAGAAGUUCAAGGCGAAGCUGUGGCUGUGCGAGGACCACCCGCUGUCCCUGUGCGAGCAGGUCGCCCCCAUCAUCGACCUCAUGGCAAUAAGCAACGCGCUCUUCGCCAAGCUGCGCGACUUCAUCACGCUGCGCCUCCCGCCCGGCUUCCCCGUCAAGAUCGAAAUCCCCAUCUUCCACAUCCUCAACGCGCGCAUCACCUUCGGCAACCUCAACGGGUGCGAUGAGCCCGUGAGCUCCCUGCGCCACAGCCCCAGCAGCGAGGCGCCCUCGCCCAGCAGCGACUCCUCCAGCGUCAGCAGCUCCAGCUCCCUGAGUGACCAUCUGGGAGGCGCUGACCAACAGCAAGCCGGGCACGCACCCGCUGUCGCAUGAGGGCCGCCGGGGGGACAGG